AUGAGAGACGAACGCAAUGCACUGGCUAAGCAAGUCGCAGAGUUGGCGGGGAAGGAGUACAAGCCCAAGAACUUUGAGCGCGAGCUGGAGGAUCUGGGUAUUGUUGAGAAAGAUGGAGAUUUUGGCGAAGAGGAAAACAUGAAGGUUCAGGAGGAGGGGAAGGUGAAGCAGAUUGUUAUAAUGUAG